AUGUCAGCAACAAAACCAGCUCUACGCAUUCGAGCCCUCAAAGCUCCAAGACAGCUCUGCUCGCAAAGACGCACAUUCUCCAAGUCUUCACAAUGGCAAGCUCCAGUAACUGGCGCAGCAGACGCAGAGACAGAAUCAGCUCGAAGAUACUGCACAAAUCUCGUACAAAACUAUGACCGUCCAUCCUACAUCCUCAGCACAUUCAUCCCCCCACAAGCUCAAACAUUAUACCUCGCCCUCCGCGCGCUGAACAUCUCACUGUCAAUGAUUCCUGACACCACAUCCUCGCACACAAUCGGUCUCAUGCGUCUACAAUUCUGGCGCGAUACCAUCACUCGCACAUUAUCCGGUUCACCACCCAAGGAACCCGUCGCCAUUCUCCUGGCAAACGCAAUCGAGGACCUCAGCUUUCGCACCAAUGGUCGCGCACGACUAAGUAAAGGCUGGUUUCUGCGCAUGAUCAAUGCGCGCGAACAAUCUCUCUCAAACACUCCAUUCGCAGAUCUCUCCGCUCUAGAAUCUUAUGCCGAAAACACGUAUUCAACAUUACUCUACUUGACUCUCUCCUCCGUACCCCUGACCUCCAUCACAGUGGACCAUAUAGCAUCUCACAUCGGAAAGGCAACUGGUAUCUCAGCCGUGUUACGAGGAUUACCCCUCGUCGCGUUUCCGGCACCCGCAAAGCAUCAUACCAAUCAGUCUUCACUUAUAAGUUCUACUAGUGGAUCAGAAGCCAGACAAGGCGCCAUCACGCUACCGUUAGAUAUAAUGGCUCAAUCGGGAGUUAUAGAAGAAGAAGUUUUUCGUAAAGGCGCGGAGGCUCCGGGUUUGAAAGAUGCGGUUUUCACUGUCGCAACGCGCGCUUCGGAUCAUUUGAUUACAGCAAGACAAAUGUUGAAAAAUCUUCGCGCAGGUCAGGGUGUUGGUCAUGAGUUUGAGCAUGAAGGUGAGGAGGGUCAUCAAUACACCAACUCUACAGACGACCAAACCUUAUCGCCGUACGAAAAACAGCUUAAUGAAGUCGAGAGAGGGUUUGGAGUAUUGAUGCCCGCCGUAUCAACGCAGUUAUGGCUCGAUAGACUACAAUCCUUUGAUUUUGAUAUUUUCAAUCCCAAAUUGCUAAGAUCGGAUUGGAGGUUGCCUUGGAAGGCUUAUCUUGCUCAUCGGAGCAAGUCUUUUUGA